ACAAUUAUUUCUCUUUGUUGUAAGAAAAUGGAUGAAACUGCAACAGAUGGGCCAUUUAACCUAAAUUCCUCGAAUUCAAGAUCCGUUUUGGAGGAUGCACCGAAAUUGGAACCAGAAAUUUUGUAUUAUAAUAUGACAGGUGAAAAGUAUUUAAUUAUAUUCAACCAUUACAAGUAUAAGAAAACAAUGUAUUAUGGUUUGAAACGCCCAUCACCUAGAACAGGUACAAUGGAAGAUGUUGCAAAAUUGAGAAAGGUUUUUGAAAAUUUGAACUAUAAAGUAAUCGUUCACCAAGAUCUGGAACACGCAGAAAUCCUGGAAAAGGUCAUGGCACUAAGUAAAGAAGACCACAAAGCGACGUCGUGUCUGUGUUUCGCGUUUCUGUCGCACGGGGAGAAAGGGGGAGAGCUCUUCGCGGCGGAUAGACCGUAUCAAUUGAGAGAAGUUACGGUGAUGCUAGAACAUGGUCACUCGAGUCUCGUUGGCAAGCCAAAAUUAUUUUUCAUACAGGCGUGUAGAGGAGAUCAGAUUGACAGUGGGCGGAGGGUCGAGUUAGAUGGCGCUGAAACGUCCAUCAUCAUUCCAACUCAUGCGGAUUUUCUUAUACUAUACUCCAGUGUUGAAGAUUAUUUAUCAUUUAGAGAUAGAGAAGGAUCGUUCAUGAUACAAGAGCUUUGUGACGUCAUCGACGAGUACCACAAGGAAUGGGAUAUUUUACACAUAAUAACGCUGGUUCAUCGUAGGGUCGCAUAUUAUAGGAGCACUUUCGCGCCAUCUAACCCAUCGAUACACGAUAAGAAACAAAUGCCCGAGACUCGUUUUUCUUUAACGAAAUUAUUUAAAUUUUAAAAAAAUAAAAA